AUGAUCACAGCCAAACUAGCAGAGGAUCUCAGCCUCGGUCGUGUUCGGCUAGCCUCUAGGUCCUCCUUCGUUUCACCGCUUGGUUUAGUCCCUAAGCACGACGGGGGAUGGCGCCGUAUCCAUGAUCUAUCCUGGCCCCCUGGACAGGGCGUUAACCAGGGCAUACCGGACCCCUGGUCAGCUAUCGAAUAUAUGUCAAUCGAUAACAUAUACGAGCAGGUCAUACAAGCUAGCCCAGGUUACACAAUAAUCAAGAGAGACAUCAAGGACGCCUUCCGAAUAGUCCCCGUUGCCGAGGAUAAUCAGCACCUCCUUGCCUUCCAGUGGACCGAUUCCACUUAUGUCGAAUGCUGCCUCCCCUUUGGCCUCGCAACGGCCCCGUUUCUCUUCAACCUCUUUACCGAGGCACUCCAUUGGAUACUCCAAUGCCUCCUCCCUACAUUCCAUAUCAAUCAUUACCUAGACGACUUCAUCACAAUUACUCAGUCUCCCUCAGUGUCCGACCCCACGGGUCUUUUUGAUAAGGUCUAUAACAGAGUCACCGACUAUCUACGUAUUCCUCGUAAUACCAAAAAGGACCAGUAA